GGUACAAUUCGUUUACCUGCAAUGUCAGAGGAUGGGGACUUUGUUAUAGGAGGUUCUUUUUCUAUUCACCACAAACUUUACACGGUGAUUUAUAACUACACCACUAAGCCUGAACCUCCAAGAUGCACAGGGAGCUUUAAUCCCCGGGUUUUGCGCUUCUUUCGAGCAAUGGUCUUUGCCAUUGAGGAGAUAAACAACAGCACAGAGCUACUUCCAGGCAUCAAACUUGGAUAUGAGAUCCAUGAUUCAUGUGUCUCAGUGCCUGUGGCUGUGCAUGUAGCGUUUCAACUGUCAAAUGGCCAGGACCCUGUGUUUUACAAAGACAGCAAUUGUUCUCAAACUGGUAUGGUAAUGGCUGUUAUUGGGGACUCUGGAUCCACUCCAUCUAUCAGCAUAGCACGUAUCAUUGGGUCCUUUAAUGUCCCGCAAGUGAGCUACUUUGCCACGUGUGCCUGCCUGUCAGAUAAGAAGCAGUUUCCAACUUUUUUCAGAACAAUUCCCAGUGAUCAGUUCCAGGCUGAUGCUCUGGCCAAGCUGGUGAAACACUUUGGCUGGACUUGGAUAGGUGCUGUCCAUUCUGACUCAGAUUAUGGAAAUUUUGGCAUGUCAUCUUUUCUUGCUGUGGCACAGAAAGAAGGGAUUUGUGUGGAGUACACUGAGGCCUUUUUUCGGACCGACCCACACAGCAAAAUCCAGAGAAUAGCUGAUGUUAUACGAAGGUCCACAGCAAUGGUCAUUGUAGCUUAUACAGCCUCUGGAGACAUGAGUGUCCUUUUAGAAGAGUUGGCUUUGGAGCCCUCACCACCUCGUCAGUGGAUAGGAAGUGAGGGCUGAGUAACUGACCCAUUAUUGAUGGGCUACAGUUUCUGUGCAGGGGCCAUUGGAGUUGCCAUUCAGAAAUCUGUCAUCCCAGGGCUGAGAGACUUCCUGCUGGAUCUUUCUCCCACUGAAGUAGCUACCUCCUUAGUGCUUACUGAGUUCUGGGAGGAUGCAUUUAACUGCAGCUUGAAAAAGAAUGACAAUCUUGGCAAAAGAGAAUGUGAUGGAACUGAAGAUAUAAAAACACUUGAAAACCCGUACACUGAUACAUCUCAGUUAAGAGUUACUAACAUGGUGUACAAGGCUGUUUAUGCAGUGGCUCAUGCCAUUCACAAUGCAAUGUGUGAGGAAAGAAAUCUCAAUUUUGAGUGUGAUAAAUAUUUCAGACUGGAGUCCAAACAGGUUUUUACAGAAUUGAAAAAAGUUAAUUUUUCCCAAAAUGGUUAUCCUGUGUCAUUUGAUGCUAAUGGGGAUCCAGUGGCUUUUUAUGAGCUGGUCAACUGGCAGAAGAGAGAGAGUGGAAGUAUUGAUCUGAUAACAGUAGGGUACUAUGAUGGAUCACUGUCAAAAGGCCAGGAGUUACAAAUCUACAGGAACAUAACCUGGGUGAAACAUGGGACAGAAAUUCCAGUGUCAGUGUGCUCUGAGACGUGUCCUCUUGGAACUCGUAAAGUGUUGCAGAAAGGAAAACCCAUCUGUUGCUAUGAUUGUAUACCGUGUCCUGAAGGAGAGAUCAGUAAUAAAACAGAUUCUCCUGAUUGCUUUACAUGUCCCAGUGAAUUCUGGUCUAAUGCACAAAGAGAUGCUUGUUUCCCCAACCAUGUAGAGUUUCUAUCCUUUGAUGAAUUACUGGCUAUCAUUCUGGCAACAUUCUCUGGUUUUGGAGCCUGUCUGGCCAUCAUUACAGGAAUUAUUUUCUUUCGACACAGAACAACUCCGAUUGUCAGAGCCAACAACUCUGAGCUGAGUUUCCUGCUGCUCUUCUCUCUGACUCUGUGUUUUUUAUGUUCAUUAACUUUCAUUGGAGCUCCCUCUGAGUGGUCCUGCAUGCUGCGGCACACAGCUUUUGGUAUCAUUUUUGUUCUUUGUAUCUCCUGUGUUCUUGGUAAAACUGUAGUAGUUCUAAUGGCCUUUAAAGCUACACUUCCAGGUAGUAAUGUCAUGAAAUGGUUUGGGCCUCCACAACAAAGAAUGACUGUAGUGUUUUUCACAUUAAUCCAAGUUUUAAUUUGUACUGUUUGGUUGGUACUAAGCCCUCCAUUCCCUGUAAAAAAUCUAAGCACAUACAAGGAGAAGAUCAUCCUGGAAUGUGCAUUAGGCUCUGCUAGAUACCUGGCUGCCACAGUUGACCAGCUCAUAAAAAGCCACAGGAUCCCCAUUAGCAUCAAAUGA